UGUUCUUAUUAGACCCUCUGUAACGGUUAGUAAUUUUGAAUGCCAUCUCGACUAGCUGUACCAGGUGCCGAGGUGCCAGCAGCAAAUCGCGGAGUACCACGUGAUUGUCGUUUACAAAUGACUGUUGUAUGAUGUGUGAUGCGUUUUCACGUUCGUUAUUAUGACAAUUGAAACGAUGCGUGAUGAUGCAUUCGGGAAUUUCAUCGAUUUCCGAGUAUUUCGAACCGUGAAUUGUCGUCGAUUGUUGUGAAACAUUUGAAAGUUCGUUGAGUGAAACGGAUUUGUAAAAUAUGGCGCCCCGAAUUAGGUUAUAAAUACGUUGGAUCUUGAUCAAUGUUUCGUUGUGAAUCCCAGAUAAAUUUCUAGCGCUUCUAUUUUAUUAAAAACAUUCAUCCCAAAGAUGGGCAAGCAAGUAACUUAAUGCCAUGUAACGAGUAUAAGAAAUAUGAAAAGCAAUUCGGCAAAAGAAGACGUUAUCGAGAAGAAGAAAUAUGUCUUUUUUUCUGAUCCUGACGUUAUCGCUCAACGCGUCGAAGCAUCUGCAGCAGCAGCUCAAGUUAAACAAGAGCUUGAAAAUCAGCAGCAAACAUCUGAGGACAAAUUAUCCGAAUUCCCACCUGAAUUAAGCUUAAAAGGAUUGGAACAGACAUUGUCAUAUCAUCUUGUUCAGCCAUACCCCUUUACUUUCAUAAGCGCAGUAAAGAGGAAGCUUGCGUCAGACGAUGCUUCCGAAUCCUGCAGAAAACACGAGCCAAAUAAAAAUGCACCUGACUCAGUAACAAUACUAAACAGUGACAAUAUCCAUAAUUUACAUGAAAUUGCCCAGAAAAUGGAUUUUAUAAAAUCUCUGAAGGUCCCAGAUUCGAAGAUCUCGAAGAAAUUAGAUUACUCAAACCGAGAGAACAGUGCGUCAAAAGAAUUAAUAAAAUUCGAAGCUCCGGGUCACGAAAGAACAGAGAAACCUACAAAGAACUUCGAGAGAGUCCAAAGAAGACUGGAUUUCUCAACUUCGGAUGUUUCCUCAACAAACAACAGCGAAAUCGAGCCACUGAAAGUACCAAAUAUAUCGAUAUCCUCUCACCUGUCGAAGAAGAAGGAAUACGUCCGAGAGAAUUCAAGAGAGAAAGAAAAUAGGUCGAAGAAAAUCAGAAAGGACGAUGGCUCUAAACAAGAUGAGAUGAUGCAAGAUAUUUUUAAAAGGUCCCGAAGCCCGAGGCACUCUAGAAAAGAAUUUCCUAAUCCUAACGAAUUAGGGGCUAAAUUAAAGAAUGACAGAUUAUUAUUUAACAUGCCGAGGGAAAGUGAUUUUGGUUCGAAGCCGAAGCCAAAGAACCUCGCUACGACGACUGCUAAGAAAGUAAACGAUAAGAGGCGAUCUGUACACGCUAGGUCUUUGAAAUCAAGGGAUACCUCUUUAGAUUCUAAGAAUAGGUCGUACAGUAACGAGUCGCUUUCUUCGGCGAAGUUAUCAGAGAAGGUGACAGUCAGAGAAUCUAGGUUUGAGAACUUCGAUUAUAGGUAUAAAGACGAUUUGAAGCAGAUUGACGAUCAGAAGCAUAUAUUUUCGUUAGACACUAGGCAAGGUAAACAGCACAAAGCCUGCCCGUUACAAACAAAUACUGGGAACACGACUUUUAAAGAACAAUUGAAACGAUCUGAGAAAGUAAUGAAACCGUCGACCAGUAAAAUCGAUGGGAAAUUAUAUAUGUUGAAUUCAAAGGAAACCGAGAGCGUCACGGAUUCGAAUGUGAGCGCGAGGACUCAGAGUCCGACUAUUUCUUCGCAAUUAACGAAAAAUAAAGAUCCUGAUAAGAUUGCACAAAGUAUUAGCGUAAGCAAGUCUAGUAAAACUGAGGAUUCGAAAUAUAUUGAUAACUCGUUGACGCAGAGUACUAGCGGGAUUAUUAAAAAGGAAGAGGAGGAUUCGUUCACGCAGAGCGUUACUACUACGGCUAAGCAGACGAGUAACAGUAAUGAAUCGAAUUUAAAUGAUAGCAGUUUGUCCAGCGCGUUGUUGGACCCUAGGAGGAUUUCGUUUAGGGAUGAAAGUCGGUCGCCACAGGAAGAAUUCUGUGAUUUGGUUACGCCGGAUGUGAACCUUUUGUCUCGAUCAAAGAGGAAACGGCAGUUCAUACAGAAUAAUGUGGAAGAGGUGAAGUGCUCAAAACAUUGUACUGGGAAAAGUGAAGUUGAACAAGAAUGCAUUCCGUUGUUACAUCCGACUGCCUUACAUAUGCAAUUCCAGGCAGAAUUGCAUCUCCUAGACUCAUUUAAUGAGUCUUUAAGGCAAGUUAUGGAUGUUGAGAAGUGUUUAUACAAUGUUAAACAGGAGCAAGAGAAGGAAUUGCCGUUGCAGCAUAGUCAGUCGAAUGAUCAAGUGAAAUCACACUUCCCUAAAGGAGUCGAAGAGAGGAAUAUCGAUGAUAUGGAGCAUCGCAGUGAGAUUAGCAAAUUACACAAACUAUCCGCUACUGAGCAAGGCUUUCCGACGCAUCAUAUCACAAGCCAAACAAUGGCAAACGAACUGGAGAGCUUAAAUAAAAUAGUAAAACCGACAGUCAAAGCUGUGGAAGUACAAACUCAAACUGUGAACGAUAUGGCGACGCAAACGGACAUACGUCCGACUCGACGGAACGUCCAAAGCCGGUGUUCCGAAGUAUGCGGCGUUUCUUACGAACGAGGCUUCGCCGGUGAUAGCGAAGUCCCGCAGCUUUCCUUAGAUUCUGUGGAACAGUUUGAAGACUUAGAUCAAGUAGAAGAAAUAUCAUUACCUAGUAAAUUAAGGACAAUGUCUGAAAUAAGUCUGCACGAAACGACGUCGUCCAUACGGACGGAGACUGGGACUGAAAUUAGCAUCUCUACUCGUGAUGUUACUUGCUCUUUCAAUAAAUAUUUAGAUCUGGAGAUUGCACAGUUGAUUAAGGAUGAGAAACAGAGGUACGACAAAAUCGAGAUGCUGUUUAAGUCUCGCGAGAAGACGUUGAACGAUCGAACGAAGAAAUUGGUGAAGCUCGAGGAACAAAAAAGGGCAUUGAGGGACACUGGACAAGAGAGCCGUGUCAGUUCUGUGAAGAAGAAACAGAGAGCUUUGCUUUUGAAGUUGCAACAAGAAAAAGACGAGAUGAACAGAUUAAAGGAGCUUCACAAAAUCGCCAGCCAAGAGCGUAAACUAAUGCUCCAAAAACAGAGAAAUAUGUUCAACCCCCAGAUGUCAACUAAAAACAUUUUAACGAAAUUAAAACGGAGUGCGGACAGUCAAUCCCCUCGCCGAUUAUCUGGUCCCAUGAAGGGUUACGACAUCCGAAGCAACAGUUCCAUGAGUUCUCUCGUCGAUUCCGACAAAUCCCAACACGAUCGGUCUCAAACUGAUGCCCGAUUACAAAUGUCCGAGAGCGAAUUAAUCUUCUCGAAAUCUUCCCUCGAUCUACCAAGAGACAAGUUCGCGAACUUCGUCGAGGGAUCAAGCCCAUUAUUCUUGAUGCUCGAUAAAUCGGAUAAAUCCGACGAAGCCUCCAAAGCGAGCCUCCAAGAGAAGUGUCCUUACAAAAGAGAUGGGAAAUCGAAAUACGAGAUAAAAUCCAGGAAAUUCGAAGAAAAGAUGCCGAAAGCUGAUACAAUAAGACUGAAAUCUCAGGAGCCAAAAUUAAUAUCAAAUCAUUCUGUCAAUAGUCCUGGGAAAUAUCUUUUUGAAAAGGAGAAAUCGAACGUGUUUGAACAGAAUCUAGAUAAAUCGAUUUCUGAGCACGUGAAAUCAGAAUCUGAUACUUUGGUAGAGGAAUUAUCCAAGAAAUCGAAGCCAUCAGCGAUGGACCAUUACCAAAGCAUCGCCUCUCCGAGGGAAAUCAAAGCUGUUACUAAUACCGAGGUUUUGCCAGAAGAGAUAAGCUCCGCUAGCCAAGAUACUGUUUCGAAAACGUCAAAGUCGUCUCAAGUGUCUGAAGAUGUGCUGCAGACGCACUCGAAGAGUUCGAAGAGGAGCAGUAAAUCAAUUCCCACGGACAAAGAAGAGAAGUCGAAGAAAACUCAAUAUUCCGAAUCGAAGUCGAAUUUAAAACGCAGGAGUUCGAAGUGUCAGAAGAGUAAAUCGUCGUCGAGUAUUUUGACGGAGAACAUUUUGCGAUCAAAGUCCAGUUCUCAGGUGUCGGAAGAAUUGAGGCAUCAUAAUAAGAGGACGAAGACUGAGAAGGAGUUUAUUCAAUUUGAUAAAAAUGAUGAAAAUAUGGAUAAACAUAUUAGAGAGAAGAAUUUUAAAUUAUCAGGGAAUAGAGCGGAGGAUUUUAAUAGCAAAGAGAAUAUGUCCUGCCAGAUGUUCGAAAAUAUCGAGGCUUACGAAAAUUUUGAUGAUACUAAGUCGCAGAUUAGUAAUUUUGCGGUUUCUCAUCAUAGUUCCGAGAGCGAUCGGAAUUAUUCGAAGUCUGUUGUUAUACGAUCGCAGGAUCAUAAUUUGAAAACUUCGAAGAAACUCGAACAAAUUUUGAACGCACGCGAAGCUGCGCUUACCUCACGGAAGAACUGCGUGGAGGAAUGGAUGGCUUGGCAUGCGAAAUUAAGGACUGAAGAAGAUCGCGUCGCGCGGAUGGAACAGGCUGCAUUUAAGCUCGUAACAGCAACGUCUAACGUUUUCUCUCAACAAGAUACCACCGUUUCAUCGGACACGAGUGACAUCGAAGGAAGGAUAGAGUUGCUGACAGAAAAAUUGGCUGAGAGGCGGAUAGAGAUGUCCCGUUUGAAGCGAGAAGCCAGAAAGCAGACAAAGCAGAAACUACGGGCUUUGGAAGCUAACUUAUUAAAUCAAAUUAAAAAAUACGAUACAACCAUUCACGAAAUGCGUAAGAAACUGGAAUCUAAGAAAACCACAUCUAAGGACAGUAAAUUAGCAAUAGAAUCGAGAUCAUUAGCGGACUUCAAAGUACCCGAGAUUCCCUUAAAAAAGAUACAAGACAUAUUCAGAAGUAGCGAUUUAUCACGAUCAAGAUCUGAAUCCGAUUUGUUAUCCACAAAAAGGCCAUCAACAAAGGACUCUAAAAAGAAACCGAUACGAAACGAAACUGUCGAAACUGAAGACAACAGCAAUCAUUCAGAAAAACUGAUUAAAUCUUCUAAGAAUCUGAAGACAUCGGAACAAUCGAUUGCUCAAUCCGUUUUAGACGAUAGUAUAUCAGAACAGAUCGAAAUCGACAAACUCGGCUCAAUUUCAUCAAUUUCCGACGAAAUCCGUUCAGAGAAAAAUGUUCCUUAUGGUACCAAGCAAAAUAAACAAGACUCGAAGAAGAAUAGCAUGUCUGAGGAUGUUCGAUCAGAAAUCAGCGAAGAUAUUCUUAGUCAGAGCGAAGCUAAAUCCUCUAUCCGUGAAAAUGCGAAGAAGAGUGGAAUUUCUGAUGCUCGAUCAGAAAUUAGCGAAGAUAUUCUCACCCAAUCAGAAGUCUACGAAGAUCUCACUCAAACUAAAUCCUCUAAACGUGAAAACGCGAGGAAAAGCAUUUCCGAAGAUGUUCGAUCAAAAAUCAGUGAAGAUAUACUCAGUCAAACAAAAAUUCCCGAAGAUCUAAUCAUUCAAACUAAAGCCUCUAAACAUGAAAACCCGAUUCAGUCUGAUUUUAAAGAAUAUAAAUCAGAUUUCGACACAUUUUCCGAACAAUCUGCAGUUAAAACCAUCUCUUCAGAAUCUCUCAAUAAAAUACAAGCUCCCUCUCAAAUAUCAAAAGUAUCUAAUAAUCUUCAGAGUUCGAAUGCAUCGGAAAUUGUAACAGAAUCCCGUAACGAAAGCCUCGAUAAAAAAUUAGAUUUCUUACGUUUGAAUAAUCAAAACUUAAAUGAAGAUAUAAGCUCGCUUGAAAACGAAUUGAAGAUUCUAUCAGAGAUGAUGUCACGUUUUAAUAAACAGCCGAAUGGGGCGAAAUAUGAGCAGAAUGAAGAAAAAGCAGAAGAAAGAAGUACAUCUAAAGAUGUAUCAGAGAUUCUCUCUGCUUCUGAUAAAAAUGAAGUUAAUAGCGCAGAAUUGUCUCUGAAAGAGACGGAAAUUUCACAGAAUGUGAAUGAUAUAAAAUUAAGAUCCAGCCUGAACGAUAAUAAAAAUAUAGUAAAGGAAGUUAAAUCCAGUUUAAAUGAUAGUAAAACUAUAAUACCUCUGAAAGAAGCUGAAAUUUCGCAGAAUUCAAACGAUAGGAGAUUAAAAUCCAAUCUGAAUGAUAGUAAAAGUAUAAUAGAAGAAGUUGACAACGUGAUAUCUGCUAUAAUACCGAAUAAAAUCUCCCUAUCGAGAUCAAACAGUCAGGAAAUCGAUUACAAAGCUAGGAGUAAGGAAAUAUUGAAUGAAAUUGAAAAAUCCAUAAUGUCAGAACAUAUUAGUGAUAUAAAUCGUUCUGAAAUAAUCGACGAUGAUUCAACUUUGUAUGAAGAGAAUGAGACUGAGGUUGUAUCUGCUGAAAGUAGCGAUCUGCGAAAGAGCGCAUCUGCUAAAGCUAGGAGUAAGGAAAUAUUGAGUGAAAUUGAAAAAUCCAUAUCAGAACAUAUUAGUGAUAUAAAUCGUUCAGAGAUAAUCGACGAUCGUUCGGAAGUGGUCGAUGAUAAUUUGAACUUGUAUGAAGAGAAUGAAACUAACGACAAAUCUGCUGUUAGCUGGUCUAAAGAAUCUACUGAACCUAAUAUUAGUUUGUCUAAUGUUUCUCCAAAAUCUCUGCAAAAUAGAGAAACUGUAGGUUGUAUAGAAAAUAUAGAAAAUUGUUUGGAAUCUAAUAGAAACUCUUCGGUAGUAUCAGAGAAAUCUAACUUAUUCCGAAAGGAAAAUCAAUAUACAGAUAAUUUAAUAAGAAAUGAUUCAUCAGUAAAUGAAAGUGAUAGAACGGAAGGUAUUUCGAAAGAAGCAAUAGUGGCCGAAUAUAUGAACAAAUUAUUGUCGAAGCAAAUUUCCCCGAAGUCUUCGAGCUCGAUUAGAACACUGGAAGAUUUGAAUAUAAUUGAUUAUAUGAAAGACCGAAGUAUGCAUGAUGAGACUUCAAAAGCAGACUUUCAAUUAAUUUUGAAAGAGUUUCAAGAGUAUAGGAAUGAUACUUCGUUUAUGCAAGCUGAAGAUAUAAAAAGUAAAGAGGUUUCUCAGAAAAGUGACGAAUUUAAACAGGAAGGAAUAUGUUUAGGAAUAGAAGAGAAGAGAAUUCAAUCGGAAGAAAAUGUGAUUAAUCAAAACUUCAAUAAAAAUAAUAACUGGAAUACUUCUGAGCCACUUGAUAUCCAAGAUGUUAAUCAAUCCUUUUCAAGAAAAUCUCACUGUGAAGAUUCGAGAUUAUUCAUUGAUAAACAUAAACUAGAUACUUCGGAAAAAGAAGAGAAGAGAAUUAAAUUACAGGAAACUCUAAUUAAUAGAACUUUCGAUAAAGACGAUGAUUGGAAUACAUCGAGCAAAGACAUUGAUCGAUCCUUUUCAGAAAAAUCCCACAAUGAAGAUUUGAAAUUAUCCGCUGAAGGAUUUAAACAAGAUACUUUCGAAAAAGAGCAUAGAAUCCAAACAGAAGAAAAUGUGAUUAAUAGAACUUUCAAUAAAAAUGAUGAUUGGAAUACAUCGAGUCAAGAUUUUAAUCAGUCCUUUUUAGACAAAUCUCACAGUGGAGAUUCAAAAUUAUUUAUCGAUGAGUCGAGUCAAUCAAUUAACGAAUCUAAAAACGAAAAUGACGUAGUCAGUAAUACAGAAAACGUUCCUCCAUUUAUUCCUAAAUUCACCAACAUUGACGAGGGUUCACAAAUUUUAGUCAAGUUGAAUGAGAGUGUCGAAGAAACUGAAGAAAUAUUAAAUGUAAUUGUUAAGAAGAAUAAUGAGGAGAAAAAUCAAGAGGAAGACAUUGAGUAUAGUAUAGAAAGUGACGAUUUCCAAAAAGUUAUUCACGAUUCCGUAACAAAAAUACUGGACAAAGUCGAGAAGAGUAUUGAAGAAGGUUCGUUAAGAGAAAAAUUCUUAAAUCGAAGUAAAACCGACUUAAAGCCUACAGUUGACGAAGGGAGAAAAUUAUUCAGUCCUGUUAUACAAGAGAAAUCCUUAGAAGAGGAUUUUGUGACUGAAGAAGCUCUCUCCACUGAUAAAACUAUUGAAGAAGAAAUUGUCUUCUCUGAAAAAGGAUUAACUUCUAGUAAAAUUCAUAGCAACCAGGCUGGUGUCGAUGGAAACUUGCAAAUAUCGGAUAAAGUCGAGAAAAGUAUCGAAGAGAAUUCUUUAAGAGAAAAAUUCGUAAAUCGAAGUAAAAACGAAUUACAGGCUAAGAGUGAUGAAGAAAGAAAAUUAUUCAGUCCAACGACUGAUGAAGGAAGAUCACUUAGUCCUACUAUACAGCAGAAAUCUUUAGAAAUCAUCGUCAUUGAAGAGGUCCCCUCAACUGAAGAAGAGAUAGCUUCUAAUAAACUGCAUAGUACCGAAAAUCUGCAAAUAUCGGAUGAAGUCAUCAAAGAAGAUUCCUUGAUAGGAGGAUUCGUAAAUCGAAGUAAAGAGACAUUAAGAACCAAAGGCGAAGGGAAAUCAUUCAGUCGUACUAUAAAUAUACAAGAAAAAUGUUUCGAAGACGUUAUAACCGAAGAAGUCUCUAUUGAAGAACAUUUAUCUUCUAACAAAAUCCACACCACGCAACCUAACAUCAACGUAAAUCUUCGUCUAAACAUUUGUGAACCUACAUACCAAGGAAUUAUUAUAACUGAGGUGGAAUCAGACAACACAGAAACCGAAAGCUUACCGGAACUCAAAAUCGACCCUACGAUUGAAUUAACAAAAGAAGAGUUGAAUAAAACGAACGAAGUAGAAUCGCAAGAAAGAAUAGUAAAAGAGCAACAAUCAUUGGAACCUGUAGUAGAACUGGAUAGCUCAGACGGGGAGCAGCUUGAUAAUUUAGUCGAGGUAGCAGAAAGUAGAUUAGACAUAAUAGAAAAGAAGACCAAAAAUUCUCUAAAUUCCGUUACUGAUUCUGAAUCGUUAUCACACGAUAAGACAGAUACUGAAAUCGAGAGUGAGAAAAAUUCACUUAUUUCCUUAUUACCUCUAGACGAAAUUAAAGCCAAAGCUACUAAUACAUCACUAAUGGGGAAUAAAGCAUUUGACAUCAUAAAAGAUCCAGAAUAUGAAGACAUUUCCGAAGAAAGCCUGGAAGUGUCCGAGAUCUUCGAUAAAAGCGAACAUCAAAAAGUACAGAAAGCUUCGUUAAUUGAGCGAUACGAAGCUAUACAAAAGUCAGAAGAAGUCUUGAAGAUACUCGACGAGAUUACACAGAGGUCGAAUGAUCGAGGUCUUAAAAAUAGUAGAGUUUUGGAAGAUAGCGAAAAGCGGGCAGAUAUUUCUGAUAAGAGCGCUGCCGCCGUGGGCGAUAACGAGGAAGAUAUUUCAAGGAGGAGCGACCGGUCGACGCCGGAUAAUUUCGAAAAUGAGAAAUCGAAAACUGUGACACCAGAAAAUCAAUCGAUUCAAGUGACUGGUUUGAAUGAGUUGGAUGAGAGGCAGGAGCAGGAUGUAUUGUCCGAAUCGAGCGAAGGGAGGGAUACACCGAAAGGUGUGUCGGAAAUCGAGAUGGAUUCGCCGAGGGAGCUUAAUGACUCGAGAUUGGACAUCGAGCUACUGAAUGAUGACUUAUUGAGUAACGCUAAUGGAGAUAAGCAGGCUGACGCGAAGGACACGUUUCACGCUACACCUAUCGUAGCGACAACCGAAAAGGACAUAGAGGUCAUGAUCGACAAAUUAAAAGCUUCGUUGGAGCAGCCUCGUGUGGAAGACGCGGAUUGGGAAGCGAAAUUGCUUCGCAUCGAACAACUUCAAAUCGAAUUAGAGAUCAAGAAAUUGGAAGCCGAGGAGGUAUCAUACUACGUCAGAGAAAUCCCCAACAAACCACCGCCUCCAUACACGCCACCCGGUGGCGGUGCAAGAAUUUCCACCUCCCUCGGAUCACCUUCUCCACCACCAGCCGUGAUCCCGUCAAACACCGAGGAACUAACGGCGUUCACCGAAAAAGCAACAGCCAUAAUAUUCAGAGCGAAAGAGGCUGGGGAAGACAUAAUGACCUUAGAAGCUCCGCCGGAAAUUUGCGAGCUGACCAAAGAAAACGAUGAAACCGUUAAGAAGGAUAGAAGAAUUUACAACGCUUUCCUAUUUGAUUUGUGCAAGGAGACGAUCGCCGAGGUUUAUCAGGCCGAGUAUGAGAAACCUGGACCCAGUUGGACGAAGCCCAACGUCAAGACGAAGCCGACGAUGAAGAUACCCAAGACUAUUGACGAGUUGAAUGCUUAUGUGAAUAAAGAAGUGGCCACGUUAUUUGGUUUUAAGACGAAACUCCAGAGGGAGAAUAUGGUGAUGAGAUGGAGCAGGAAAAGGAGGGACAGGGUCGAUGAACUUUUGGCUAGGGAGGCGCAGGCCGAGGAGGAUGAGUGGACGAAGUUCCAUCAUGAUGAACUAGCGGUCAAAAACGGCCUCACUGUAACUAUUUUAGAUACUCUGCUGAUGGAGACUGUGAACGUAGUCAAAGUGGCGUAUGCGAAAAAGAGAAAAAUAUUUGUUUAGGAUUAUGUUCUCUUCGUUUCUUUUAUAAGUUAUAAUUGCUGUAUGUUUGCUAGAAAAUAUGAGGACUUAGGUUUAGUAUUUAUAGGAAGUGUUUGGAGAAUUUGGUUAAAGUUGGUACUGGAUUCUGACUGAGGUAGCGUUAGUACUUGGUGAGAAUCGAAUAGAUGAUAUGGACAUGAUAAAUGGUAAUUUCUGGUCAUUUUUAAUAAUUUUUACUCGCUGACGUGUUUUUUUUAAAAUCAUUUUACGUUAUAAAGGAAAAUAAUUUUUAUUUUCUAUUGUUAAGAGUUUAAAAGAAAAAUAACUCGCUAUCUGUUUGUAUUUCUAUUAUAGAAAAAUAAUAUUUUGUCCUAUGAUUCUAUCUCUAUUAUAAA